GCGCGAAGUGUCCGUGUUAAAGAAGAGUCAUGGCAGCCUCAGAUCUCUUUAAAACUUUAUUAUACACAGUCAACAAUCUCCUGCAGCAGCACAAAUAUAAACCUGCUCUGGCUGUCCUCAAAGGCUUCAGGAAUGGAGCUGUAUAUGGGGCUAAAAUUCGUGCUCCUCAUGCCCUAGUGAUGACGUUUCUCUUCAGAAGUGGCAGUCUGAGAGAGAAGUUUCGGGCGAUCGCUCAGGCCACGUUCACUCACUCCAGGAAUCUAGCCUGCUUCGUGUUCACAUAUAAAGGCCUUCAGGCUCUUCAGCAGCACGUCCAGGGGAAACCCCUGCAGUCUCACUCCUUUCUCGCCGCGUGUCUCGGAGGCUGGCUGGUGUUUGGAGAAAAUAACAACAUUAACAGCCAGAUAAACAUGUACCUGCUGUCCCGGAUUCUCUUCGCCUUGUCUCGUCUCGCAGUGGAAAAGGGCUUAAUCCCGCAGCCCAAGAAAGACCCGUUCCCUCUGUUUGCCACGCUGGUGUGGGGCGUCGUGCUCUGGUUGUUUGAGUAUCACCCACACACACUUCAGCCUUCCCUGCAGUCCUCCAUGAACUACCUCUACCACGACAGCAACACAUGGCACGACAUUUCGGACUUUCUCAUCUAUAACAAACCCAAAACCAACUGAGC